AUGGGUGUCCAACUUGAACAUCUCGGCCAGAGUAUCGAGCAGUACGGACCAUGGCACUUUGGGGAUACCCGAUUCGAAGACGGCCGCCGUGCUGAUCUCGAAGCGGCCCUCUUGCAGACGGCCACCAUUUCUGGCUUGGGUGAUAGACUGUUGGAGUUUUCGAAAGGGAGCAGAGUGGAGUGUCAAAGCCCAGCUCGCCCCGAGUUGAAGCUAUCGGUGUCAAAGGUGAAGCCCACGCCUCCGGGCUCCCCGGCGCGGACCGGAUCUGGGGAAUCUACCCCGGUCACUCCGGCGAAGACGGACCUGCCAUGCCUUAAACGCCGCCGACCGGAUACGGAUAUCGAUGGCCCCGGGACGUCGUCAACGACGUACAAGAAGCGCCGGCUCCUCCGCCACCUCAUCACCUCGCGCCUCUCGCAGCCCUUCUCCCUCCCCGCGACCCACAUCCUCAACCGGGAGACGGUAGCUUCUGGCGACAAGCGCUUCCUCAAACUGACGGCCAUCAUGUCGGCCCGGCGCCUCAACAGCGCCGUGGUCGCCCAGCCUCAGGCGCCGUCCCCUCCGCAGCAGCCCAACCCGUCGACCUGGCUCCAUCGCGCAGCCCUGCUCAACAGCCUCCGCAGCCGGGUAUACGCCACAGCCGCGGAGCGCGCCAACAUGCCCGUCCCGGACCUCGCUGCUAAAACGGCCGUCUUCCAACAGAGCCACGGGUCGACCACGGCGUUUGUCGGCGGCCGCUACCUCAUCACCUCGGCCAACCCAAACAGCCACCAUGCCCAGGCGCCACCCCAUCGGAAACCAACACCUCCGGGAUCCCCACAGCAACACCCCCCCGGUAACGUCAACAGCAACGGUCACGGCCCAAUUCACAUCCACGUCCCUGGCCACCACCCCACCCACUCCGGCCCUGCAAACGGACACGUCCCGCACAAGACCCGCCUGCGCAUCCCCUCUCCCAAGCUGCGGCCGCUCCGCUCGCCCGAGCUGCGCGUCACUAGGCCGCUAAUCCCGCUGGAAGACAUCGAGCCCCUCUACGACGAGAACUCGCUGCUUUCGGACGACUGCAUGGCCUUCCCCACGUCGGAGCUCGAGAGCCGGUACGGGUAUGACGACGAUGACGACGAUGCGGAGGGCGGGGGUGGGGUGUACGCCGACUUUAGUGUCAUCUUUGGAGGCGGUGGUAAUGAUGGUUGGGCUGGACAGGGGACUGUUUUUGGGCCUCGGUGGUUGAGUUGA